AUGGAUGAUCGAGGGGGCGUUGAUGAUAUUGAUGGGUUGCUGCGUGAUGCAUUCGGAAAUAUGACAAAUCUUGAAGAGGAAAACAACGGGUUGAAUGAAGAUGCGAAGAGAUUUUAUAAGCUGGUAGAUGAAGCAGGUCUAGAAUUAUAUCCGAAUUGUACUAUUGGAUUUUCGAGACUAUCAUUUAUCAUUCGUCUUUACCACUUGAAGUGUCUGCAUGGUUGGAGUAACACAUCUUUUACCUCCCUCUUGGAGUUAUUGAAAGAAGCUAUAACUGAUUUGAACAUUCCCACUUCUUCUAAUAAAGCUAAGAAUAUGGUUAAAGACUUGGGUCUUGACUAUGAAAAUAUUGAUGCAUGUCCUAAUGACUACAUGCUGUAUUGGAAUGAGUACAUAAAUGACUCAGUUUUCCAUAUCUGUAGAGAGUCUCGAUAUAAUCAGACUCCUACUAUGGAAGGCAACGAAGAUGACUUUGCGCUUCCGAAUAAAGUUCAUAAGGUUGCUGUAAAGACCUUAAGAUACUUUUCUUUAAUACCAAGGCUUAAAAGGCUUUUUAUGUGCCCAAACACAGCAGAGGCAUUGAGGUGGCAUGAUAAGCAGCGUUUGAAAGACGGUUGCAUAAGGCACCUUGCUGAUGGCCAAGCAUGGAAGAACUUGGACACUCGGUACCUAAACUUUUCAAAAGAACUUCACAACUUGAGCCUUGGUUUUGCAAGUGAUGGUUUUAAUCCUUUUCGAACUAUGAACGUGUCAUAUAGCACAUGGCCAGUUGUCUUAAUGGUGUACAAUUUCCCCUCUUGGAUGUCCAUGAAGUCAGAAUACUGCAUGCUCUCUUUACUCAUACCUGGACCUUGUUCACUAGGAAAUAAUACUGAUAUUUUUUUACAACCAUUGAUGGAAGAGCUGAAGGAGCUAUGGGUGUCAGGAAUAGAUACAUAUGAUUCUUUUAAGGGAGAAACCUUUCAAAUGCAUGAUGCACUUCUUUGGACAAUCAAUGAUUUUCCUGCGUAUGCGAUGUUGUCCGGUUGGAGUACGAAAGGGAAGCUAGCUUGCCCUUGUUGUAACCAUGAUACUUCUUUUUGUUACUUGAAACAUAGCCAAAAGGCAGUUUACAUGGACCAUAGGAGAUUUUUGCCAGUUGAUCAUGCAUGGAGGUCUAACAAGAGAUCUUUUAAUGGAAAAACAGAAUUCAGGGAUCCACCACGAAUGUUAACAGGUGAAGAGGUUCUAGAUAUGCUAAAGUCAAUAGAUAAUGCCCUUGGGAAGACGCAAAGCAAAAUCGACAGUAUAAUUGGUACCUUAUUGGAUAUUCCUGGAAAGACAAAAGAUCAUGCAAAGGCUCGUUAUGAUCUUAAAGAGAUGGGCAUUCGAAAGAAUCUUCACCCAAUAAAUACAAAGGAUGGCAAAAGAAUUAAACUUGCUAGAGCAUGCUUCUCCAUGACCAAAGGCGAGAAAUCCAUUUUUUGCGGUGUUUUGAAGAAAACAAAAUUGCUUGAUGGAAGUGCUUCAAACAUUUCUCGUUGUGUACAACAAGAAGAGAGAAAGCUUUAUGGUUACAAGACUCAUGAUGCUCACUUCAUGUUGCAUUACCUGUUGCAAAUACCAAUCAAGAGCAUUCUUCCAGAUCAUGUUGCUGUUCCUCUAGUUCGCUUGUGUUCCUUUUUUCGUCGGCUAUGUCAAAAGGAAAUCUCUUUAGAAGAGAUUAAUGGUUUAGAGUCAGAGAUUGUAGAGACUUUGUGCUAG